AUUUUAGUGUCACCGUCAUCUUCUCCUUUCACCUGUUGUAGGCAAUCAACUUCCAGUUUUCAACUUUUCUUUCCCUACUCCUGCAAUUUCAUCGGCGCUUUCAGUUUAGUAUCACCUGGCUUUACGCGUGGGUCAAAUCUCAACUCUCUGACGAGAAUAUCGUAGGCAAAGUUAUGUAACUUGGGAGGUAGCUCUUCAAUUUUCCUUGGAGUUGUAAUGGCCGCAAUGGCGUCCAAGAUAUCUUUGAACUCUAGGUCAGCCAACAAUCAAUAAUUCAAGACAUCUCUCGGGCUUGUAAGUCUAAUCGCCAGCUUCUUCCUUCUCCUUUUGCUGUUCUUCUUUACGUUGUUUACACUCGGCGAUAAGGUUAUUAGUUAAAAGUCUCUCGGUUUUGAAACGUUUCAUCUGAUUAGUCAUAUUAUAUCACAUCAUAAAAUAUUCCACGAUUUCAGCAAAUCUGUUCCACGAAAAACGUUGUUUGCUUCUGCAAUCAAGUUGAGAAACGUUGGGAAAUGAAAAACGUUGAAAUGCAAAUAUAGCGUUUUUGUACACUGCUUAAAAUUGGAAGGGUACGGUGUACAAUUUAGCCGGUUGCAUUCUGUUCAGGUCGUUGUCAAGCGGCCACUUCUAGGCCCAGUUUAAUACGCGUAUACAUAUGUCUGACGUGCUCACAAUUUCGCAAGUGAAUGAGUUGAAUUAUGAAGAUUUCAUUGGGCGAUUCGGUAAUGUUAUUGAGCACUGUUCAAUAUGCGCAGCUGUAGUCUGGCGAUUCCGUCCAUUUCAUGACGUCCAUCAUCUUCAUCAGGAAAUUUGCUCAUUUGUAGAUCUCCUUCCAGAUACAGGUAAAGAGGGUGUGCUAAGAUUACUUCCUGAUUUAACUGGGAGACUAGCUGAACUUGACCGCCUUACGCAAGAGAGUGCAGCUGAACAGAAAGCUGCUGGUUUGGACACCAUGACUCCUGAAGAGAAACAACUGCUUAAAGAUACCAAUGCCAAGUACAGAGACAAAUUUGGCUUUCCAUUUGUCAUAUGUGCAAGGCAGAACAAGAAGGAAGCAAUUCUGAAGGGAAUAGUUGAGAGGCUGGAACAUUCUGCUGCAGAAGAACUGAAUAUUGGUAUUGAAGAAGUCAAGAAGAUCUGCAUGUUGAGGUUGUUAAGCAUAGUGCCUGAUGAUAAAUAACACAUGUAAGGAAUCCAUCAGCAGGGAAUAUUACCAAUAUUCCAUAUUCCAUUCAAACAUUCUCACAACAGUUUUCCAAAAAAUCUGUUGAUGUUUUGGUGCUUGCUCUAUCAUUGCUCAAAAUACAGCAAUUACAAAAGAAUUUUCUUUAUAUUGUCUUGUAGAAUUCACCAAAAGGAGAUAAUUUUAAAAAAUUUAAUGAAUACACACACCAAGAAUCAUA